AAUACAACAGUAGGUAAGUCAUGUGCCGAGAGAUCAUCGAUGACAUUUCGUUUUACCUCAAGUUGAUCGUACUAUGGAGGUAGAAGUAGAUGAAACAUUUGUAGGCCUACUUCGUUGAUGAUGUGGUGAGACUUUACUGAGCUUUUGUAAUAACAAGUCAUAACGAUUGUAAAGCUCGAUGAAAAGAGUUGUGACAUAUUUUAUACCAUCACAGACGGAUGAACAAGAUUUCUAGUUCUACACAAGACGCUGGGAAUAGUAUUGUUUGGCUUGAGUUACACAAUCGUACAAUGGAACGAGAGAGAUUGAUUGACAAGCCAAACUCUAGCCGCCAGUACGGUGGUUGGUCCUCUAUGACUGAUGAUGAUGAUAUUCUAGACAUUACCACAGAUUCUGAUGGAUCUUUCUUGGACGAUCCCAUCACACCUGCUGGUAGAGGAGGCAGAGGGAGUGCAGCAGACUCUGAUUCCUUUGACGGUCUUGGAACAGCGGGUCAAUAUGAUGAUUUUCAUACCAUCGACUGGGCCAGGGAUAUGCAGAGAUAUCGUAAAGAGUUCAAAGUUGUCAAUCGUAGGCAGGGUGAAUCGUUUGGUGGUAGAAUCAGAGCAGCAUUCUAUGCUGGGUCAGCGUGGCUUGUUGUACUGUUUGUGGGAGUUAUUACUGGAAUAUUUGCUGGCAUCAUUGACAUCGGUGCAACCUGGCUGAGUGAUCUUAAGUUUGGUCUUUGCCGUGACGCAUUCUGGUUGAACUGGGAGCAGUGUUGCUGGGCGCAGAACACCACACAGUUUGGUAACCUUAAUGACAUCACCUGCCCAACAUGGUACCAGUGGUAUGAAUUCUUAGGCUUUGAGAAUCAGGAUGCAGGCGCUUAUGUUCUUUCUUACUCUGUCUUCGUUGUCACGUCGCUACUUAUGGCUGCCUUUGCAGUGUUAUUGGUGUUGGUGUUUGCACCGUAUGCAUGUGGCUCGGGCAUUCCAGAGAUUAAAACCAUUCUUAGUGGUUUCAUCAUGAGGGGCUUCCUCGGCAAGUGGACUCUACUCAUCAAAAGUAUCACUAUGGUCCUAGUGGUUGGGGCGGGGCUUAGUCUAGGGAAGGAGGGCCCACUAGUCCACUUAGCCUGUUGCUGUGGUAACCUGAUGGCUCAUAUGAUUCCUAAAUAUGCCAAGAAUGAGGCCAAAAAGAGAGAGAUGUUAUCUGCAGCAUCAGCAGCUGGUGUUUCAGUAGCAUUUGGAGCUCCAAUCGGAGGGGUGUUAUUCAGUCUGGAAGAGAUUAGUUACUACUUUCCCUUGAAGACUCUGUGGAGAUCUUUCUUCUGUGCAAUGGUGGCUGCCUUUGUCUUACAAUCAAUCAAUCCAUUCGGUAACGACCACGCUGUCAGGUUCUAUGUCGAGUAUAACACACCCUGGUUCUUCUUUGAAAUCAUUCCAUUCAUUCUACUUGGAAUAUUUGGGGGACUUUAUGGAGUGGUAUUCAACAAGCUGAACUUAAAAUGGAGUAAACUACGCAUGACGUCCAGGCUAGGAUAUUAUCCAAUAACAGAGGUGUUACUGGUUACCUUGGCAACAGCUCUUUUGAGUUACCCCAACCCUUAUUCCAGAUUGAAUACAAGCCAGCUGAUUGCUGCUCUCUUUAAAGAGUGUGGACCACAAGAUGCUAUUGGUUUCUGUGACUACAAUCGGACGUAUUCUAGAGUAGAUCAGCGUUGGUACCCAUCGGCAUUAGCUCAGAAUGGAGUGAUAGAUGCAUUAUGGCAAUUACCAUUAGCUAUGGUCCUCCAAGGAGUUCUCACUAUCUUCACUUUUGGAAUGAAGGUUCCAGCAGGUUUGUUUAUUCCUACCAUGGCAGUUGGUGCAAUAGGAGGACGUAUGCUGGGUAUAGCAAUGGAGCAGCUAGCUGUGUACCAUCCAGACCUAUGGAUAUUUACAGGUUGUUUUUAUGAUGGUAAAUGUAUCACACCAGGACUGUAUGCUAUGGUAGGAGCAGCUGCUACACUAGGUGGAGUCACACGUAUGACUAUUUCCCUUGUUGUGAUCAUGUUUGAGCUAACUGGAGGUCUGAAGUACAUCGUACCAUUAAUGAUUGCCUGUAUGGUCAGUAAAUGGGUUGCUGAUGCAUUUGGCAAGGAUGGAAUCUAUGAUGGUCACAUACAUUUGAAUGGUUACCCGUUCUUGGACAACAAGCGUGAGUUCAUGCACACAACCUUAGCAUCGGAUGUAAUGAGCCCAAGGCGUAAUGACCCACCACUCUUCACUAUCACAAUGGACUCAAUGACAGUGGAAGAAUUGGAAAACCUGACCACUGAGACUCUCUUCAAUACAUACCCGGUUAUUAUAUCUAAGGAUUCACAACGUCUUGUUGGAGUGGUUUAUCGAAGAGAGCUAAUACAUGCAUUGAAACAAGCCAGGAAGAAUAAGAGUGAAGCAGUGAGUCAGUCUAAAGUUUACUUCACUUCCCAAGUACCUAAGUUUCCUGUACCAGGAAUACCACCACACCUCAGCCUAGUCAACAUCUUAGAUGCAAGUCCGGUAACUAUAACAGACCAGACGCCUAUGAGUAUCGUUGUGGACAUGUUUGUUAAACUGGGUAUAAGAACAUGCCUCGUUACACAUAAUGGGAGAUUACUUGGGAUUAUCAGUAAGAAAGAUGUCCUACGACACAAAGCUUAUCUGGAUAACCAAGAUCCCUUCUCAAUAUUCUUCCAUUAAUCAUGUCAUCCCUACUAUGGAGCAGUGUAGUCUCCGCCCAUGGACCCCCAGCGUGGAGCCCCAUGAAGGCCCACCCAUGGAGCCCCAUGAAGGCCCACCCAUGGAGCCCACCAAUGGAACCCCCCCCUAAAGAGUCCUACGCAUGGAACGCCCACCAAUGGAACCCCCCUAAAGAGUCCUACCCAUGGAACCCCCACCCCUGGUAACCUGCCCAUAGCGCCCCACCCAUUAAGCCCCCAGCCAGGGAGCCCCACCCAUGUCGUUACAGAGAGACCCACCCAUGUCGUUACAGAGAGCCCCACCCAUGUCGUUACAGAGAGUUGUGAUUUAAAAAAACUCCUGUCCAACAGAUUUCUCUCAGACUUCUUUCUAAUUUGAUCUUUUGGCAUAAAAUAUUGGAGACAUGUUUCAGCUGAGCCCAUUGGCAGGAUACCAAGCAAGGACAUACCUAGCAUGGUAUUUUUAGCUGGUAAGCUGCAUCUACUUAUUGAAAGUUGUUACUGUUUAGCAGAGAGUUUUUCUGCAAAGCUCAGAAUAAAUUAUUUUUAGGAAGUAAACAUCAGAAAGAUAACUUUUACAUAAACUCAGUUCAAUUGAAGUGAACCAGUUUGAAUUAUGUUUAGAUUCCAAUUGUACUUACUUCUGCAAAUGCUUAAAAUGUGUGUAUUGUUUUCCCGCUGAAAAUCUCAGGGUUUUAAUUGCAACUGGAUAAGAUUGCUGCAUUAUUAGUAAAGUGAAGUGUGAUUUUAACUCAUUGAAAACACAAAGUUAUAGACAAGUCAAAUGUUUGACAAAGAGAGUGCUAAAUUUUGGUCAGCAAGACACUUCACUGAGCAAAUGAGAAGGUUUACAUGUAUCAUAUACAGGUUGUAAUUAAACAGAAAACAACCAAACAAGUUUUUACAUUAGCCCCUUCCUUGAAGUUGAUAUUAGGACAAAAAUGCAAUAUAAAAUGUAAAUAUUUUGCGCUGUCUUCCCUUAAGCUGUGUACAAAUUGCCGCAUGGGAACCAAAGGUCUGUGCUAAUACUGUUCAAAUUGAAUUGGCCACACUUCACAAAGCUAAGUUCAAAGCAGAAGUAGACUUGAAUAAACAAGAUUAAAUACCAAAUUUUCAAACAAUAUUUUGAAAAAUAAUAAAGUAACCGUUAAAACAAAGACAAAAAUAUACUAAUAAAAUGCCAAUACCCAGGACUUGAACAUGACAUAUUUUUUCAUAUUGAAAAGAAAACACCAGGUGUGUUCCAUUUUUCAGUCAGAUUUCUAGAGAUAUUUUUUGUAAGAAAUGAAAUUGUAUGUGUAUGUUGGAAAUAGUGUAGGUCGAUAGAAAAAAUGGAAAUUUGUUUCUUCGUAUUUAUGAGGGAAUGAUGUCAUUAACAUGGUUUAUUGAUACUAAUAAUAUGGGCUCAAACAUUACUUAAAGAUAACAGUACUAUAUUUACAGUUUAGUUGUUUUGUAUCUAGUUACGGUUGAAUCGAUUAUUAUCACAACAGACAGUGAGUUGAAAGAAAAACGAAAUAAAAGCCCACCUAAAAUAAUUAUCAAGAUAUGUACAUGUUAUGUUGAGUGUUGUGGGUUAUGUUGGGUCAAUAAAUAACUACACUGUAAUAAACUAAAUAACUACAUGCACUCCAGAAGAAACAAAUACCAAAUACAUUCACUAUUUCUGAUCUGCUAAGCUGGAUCAGGAAUAUAGUGUUUAUUUAGAGAAUUAUUCAGUGUUGUGGUUUGUAAAAACAAUAUGUAAUAAAUAAGCAAAGUUAAUUAAUCUUAA